AUGGGCUUUAAGAUAACAAGGUCAAAGACGAUAGUCUGUUUGUUGUUUGUAGUAGCACCGGUUCUUGUCUCUAUUGAGCAUUACAAAAGAAAUCGGCAGUUUUACGUAAGUUACAGGUCAAAAAGCUCACAAAGGGAAACUGAUAUGUGUCACUAGUCUACCAGGCCAAUCGUUGGAGUAAUUUCGAUGGCAUUUACUGUGAGAAAACAAAAGAAUUACUCUUCUAGGAAUCGAUAAUCAAGUACCACUUGCAACCGCUGCUUCAAGAUCCCGAAGACCUACACAUAUUUGUAGCCUCCGCUCAUGUAUUACACAACGAAUUGUAAGCUGAAGCCUGAAAAGAACCCAAUUGUUUGACAACCUCUUGGCGUAUGAUUCCUGUAUAUAUACAGAGCUGUUUCAGCCGACCGAACACCUACACGGUCAGACUGAAUGCAAUGGCCAGAGAUCUGUCCGUUCAUCUGGCCAGACAUCACUCCGAAGUGAAUGGAAUGUACUGUAAAAGUGACAACGGGGAGGUUGCUCAAUUUCGGCUUUAUCUUAUGGACGCACCGCCAGCUUGUGCCUGGAAAAAUUACUUUAUUGAUUGCGAGUUCUUAAGCCCCGUUGAGGCCGUGGAGAUUGUGAGUGUAGACAGCAGUGGGACCGGGUUCCCGGUAAGUGUCUAUUAGCAAAAUAUCAACGCCACUGAAAAACUAUUGUAGUGAAGACAAAGAUCAUCUACAUAUGUUGGACGGGCUAGUGUCAAAAAUUUUAAGCUUUAUUUAUCAGCUGUUUGGAAAAGUCGCAUCGAAAAUCGCAUCGUCGCUUGUAACGGACCUAGCUCGGUGGCAAAAAACGUACCAUUUUUCAUCCGGGAAGUAUUUAAAAAUGUGGCAAAAUGCCUCCCUCUCCAAGUGGUGAACUCCGUUUUGAAGGGCCCUUUAUCUCACAGAAACAGCGGCAACUGAAAUUGGAAUUUUUGCACUUGGAGAUGGAGGUAUUUUGCUACAUUUUUGAUACUUUCCGGAUGCAAAAUGGCACGUUUUCUGCCACUGGAUCAGAUGCCACGGCACUGUAAUACAGGUCCAUUUACAGAUUGAACUCACGCCAAAUCAAAUCGAAAAACGCAAUCUAGUCGUAUGUUUUGCAAGGACAUUUUACUUCGAGAACUGGCAAGUCUUACUCGUCUUGUUCGAAAUCUACCGUCAUCAUGGAGUUGAUCAAUUUGUUCUUCCAAUUAUCAGCAUCACAGAGAAGAUUUACGAAUUCUUGGAACGCUACAAAAAUUAUAUCAUCUUGAGGCUGAAAAAGGGAUUUUUACUCCCAGAAAUUGCAAGUUUCUGUUGCUUUUUGUAAUAAAAUCUUGUUUUAGAAAGGUCUUCCGAACCCUAAUUUCGAAACUGACUCUUUGAAUUUGAUCCUGAGUUCGAAUGAAUGCUUGUUUGAGUACCGUAAUUCGGCGGAGUUUUUAAUUUUUGCCGACACCGAUGACUUGAUUCUGCCAAAUUCCGGAGAAUCGUUGGUUGAUUUUGCCAGAGAUUUACUGUCGCACAAUCGUAUGGCGUCGUCGUUUGAGUUUAUGUGGAAAGGAAUUCAAUUUCCAAUUCGUAAGCGUUAAAGUCUCAAAAAAAUCCAGAGAUAAAAGAUUUGUGCGGCCGAGAGAGUACGCAAAAGGUUGAGGGCGGUCAGGGAGAACUACAUUUUUUGCUGCGGCCGGGUCAACACAAAAUCGAUCGAUCCGAAGCGUAGGGCCGGUGAAUACACCAAAAAAGAUUGUUGAAAGUGCCUAUGGCACAGCAACCCGAAGUGUUUCCUGGCUCCUUUCGACACUUCGCCCAUUUUGUAUCGGUUGAAAUCAAACAAAAUGUCACAAAAGAAUUUUUCGUGGGGUUUUCCGACCGAAAAAUUUUUUUCUCGGAAUUAUUUUAUUUCUUUUGUCAAUUUUGAUACUUCGUUUGGACGAAACUCAAAAAUGGGCGGGAAACAUUUUUCUUCUAUUUCGGGUUGCCGUGCUAUGGGGCCUCAAAAAGCUGUUGGACGGGUAGCCGUUAGAAAUAUUAUGGAUAGUCAAACUUGACGUUUCCAUAGCGCUUUUUGAACAUCGAAUCUCAUUAAUGGGAUGAUCAAGAGUGCAGAACGUGUUGUUCAUCAGCAAAUCCAAUAUAACUAUUAUAAUUUCGUCACUAAUCAUGUUGCCAGGGUCAACACAAAAUGGCUUGAUACGGAGCGUAGGGCAAGGGGCCACAGCAAAAAAAAUUGUAGAAAGUGCCUAAGAGGCCUCAAAAAGCCGUUGGAUGGUCGGCGGACGCUCGGCGAAGGCUCGGCGGAGACUUAUUGAAGACUUAAUACAAUAUGUCCACCUUUUCUAAUUUUAGCUUCUACUUACAAUAGUUCUCUUUACCCUGAGUUGUUUUAACAUAUAGAAAACCAAAAUUUGCGGCAAAAAAUGAAGACCCGUAUCUUUUAUUAUUGAUAUUAUUGAUGUGAGUACAUUUUUUAAUAAAAAACACCUCAAAAUAGGUGAUAGGCUAUCUUAGGGCCCGAUCAAUCUUAUUAUUUCGGCUAACAAAGCCUUCUCCUAGUCUCCCCUAUGCAUGCAACGACGAACCGAUGCAAUACAUAGUACCGUUGACUCGAACUGUCGCUGACCCGAAAAGCCGUGGCGCCAGUAAAUGAUCAAAGAGCAAGAAGUUGCAUUAGCAUGUUCGUAUCUCCGCAAGCAAUCAGAUAACAGCCGAGUUUUUUUUAAUAUUUUUAGGAGUCUUUAGUAAACUCGGAGUAAAGAAUUUAUCAAUUCCAGGUCACAAGGCGGAAGCCUUUUCCCUCACGGGCAUUAUGAACAACACUUUCACAAUUCGCACGAACACCAUUGGAAAGUCGAUUUUGAUGCCGAAAAGGGUAGCCAUGGCCGUAAUUCACGCGCCUUGGACGUCGAAUCAGCGGGUACACCCUUAUGAACACAUAAAAUUUGAAAAUGGCAAAGUUGGGUCGGCUUUUCACAUGAGGUUUCCGGUCAAUGAGCAAGAUGCGGAGAAAUGGAUGAAAGAAAAGGAAUUGAAGCCGCUAGUGGAUGUGGACUACAGUCAGGCCGAUUAUGAGCUAAAGUUGAGGCUGGAGAAAGACGCGGUAUUGAAAACGGUGAGUACCAUGUUAGUGUUACAAGAAAAUUUAUUACUUUUCACUAACGCAUCAACUAAUCUUUGCGCUGCUUUUUUAUUUUUCGCGGCACAGAUGUGUAUCAGCCGUUUCUGGCGGCACUCGUGUUUCGUGUGCGAUGUAUAGGGGCGGACGCGAUUCAGUGGCAGAAAAUUAUCAUUUUGCAUCCGGGAAGUAUUAAAAAUGUAGCAAAAUGCCCCCCUGGCCAAGUGAAAAAAACGCCAAUUUGCUUCCCUUGGCAAUAUUCUCGUGCCAAACCUUGAACAAUUCCAACGAAAAGCGCUCAAAAAUAACAGCGCCGUUACAAGUUUUUACUGCUUUUUUUUCAGCAAUUCCUCUCCCUCGACGGAUACCCAGUCUACUAUCCGUUGAUGGUCGAGUGUUGGAGCCAAAUCGUGCAGUUCAGAGGGCACGGAAUUGAUGUGUGUCCAACAACUAAGAACUGUCAGCCAAAGUCGAACACUCCGUUGCCAUCAUGUGUGGUGUUGAAGUCUGACUUCAAAGCGAUGACGUUCGAAAGGCCAACUCAUUUGAUCAGCGUUUACAAACCGGUGGAAAGGGAGCUGAGGGUCAAGGAGGACUGUGGAUUUUUUGAGUCAUGA